UCGGCAACGGUUGAUUGUUGUCAACACAGAAGAAGAAAGUGAAUCGCAGCUCAUCGUCGAUAAACAAGACGAAGAAAAAUUACCGAGUGCAAGUAUGCGCUCAGAACGAUAAUUUAGCUGUCGUAUUAUUAAUUAUAAGUGAAUCUAAAAUAAAUGAUCUAAAAACAGCAAAUUGUAUACUGACGAUUCAAAUUAGAAAGGCCAAACUAUCUGGUUACUUUUAGUGGUGGCUAGCGGCCUAAGCUAACUAUAGUUAGCAUACUUUCCAUUAUCCUCAUUUGUUUUGCUGUUAGAACUGCGUUAUUUCACACUCAUGAGGAUCUGGACUGGGAAGAUUUGAGGGAAUAGUGGUGGUAUCCAUGCGGGUUAGCGGCACUUCAUACCGCCCGCUAACAUGUCUUUAGUCGCCUAUGGCAGCAGUGAUGACAGCGAUAGUGAAGGAACGUCGAGCAAACCAGGCUCAGGGGGACUCUUCUCCCUCAUGCCAGCCCCCCAAAAUCUUUCUGCGGUGGACAGGACGUCGAGUAACGACCCCCAGCAAGGCAAAACGAGUUUGUUGUCAGGUUUGCCCAAGCCCAAGAAGCGGACAGAACCUGUGAGGAUUUCCAUACCGCAAAUCGAGAAGCACGACUCAGACUCAGAUGAUGACGAACCAAUAAAGAAGAAACUCCAGCCCCAGGGUGCAGGUCUGUCUUCUCUCCUGCCACAACCCAAAAACCUGACUGUGAAGGUGACCGACAGACCUUUAAUUCCCCACACGCUCACCAAGCGCUCGGACCCUCGCGGUGUCAGUCCAAGCACUCCCGCGCCGGGCCUACUGGGCCCCAGCGCGUCACCCUCCGCCAUCAAAGCGGCAGCCAAGUCGGCGGCGCGGCAGCUGGCCAGACAGAUCGUUGUCGCGGACGAGCACGAAGACGACAUCUCUCCACAGAAUUACUUCUCGUUUGGUGAGAGCCCAGAGCGGCCGCCUCCGGCUGUCAUUCCGAGUUACGAACCCGAGCCCGUCGUCGCCGCGGUGGAGCCGCUCCCAGUGUCUCUUCCCGACCCCCUUCCUCCUCCACCGCCCGGUGACGAGCUGGGUCAGUCGGACGCCCCUCUCGACUUUGGCGGAGGCCACGAGGGAGCCGCAACGUGGGGAGGCCAGUAUCCUCAGUAUCAGCCGCCCAUGGCGGGACCGGAGUCUUACCCUGAGGGAUACGACAGCAACAAAGCAUACUACCAAGAGCCAAGCCCCGGUUUGCCCGAAGACGAAGAACCUGGCAAUUCGGCCAUGUUUGAUGACGAAGCGUUCAUGCGGCUUCAGGGCAAAAGGAAUCGGGGCAAAGAGGAAGUGAAGUUCCUGGAAAUAAAGGGUGACGACCAGCUGAGUGGUCACCAGCAGUGGCUCACCAAAAGCAUGUCGGAGGAGAAGCAGACCCACGGGUCCUUCAGCAAGAAAAGGGGAGGCAUGCCCACGGGACAACAGAGGCGCAAGCACCAGAUUACAUAUCUAAUCCACCAGGCCAAGGAACGUGAGCUGGAGCUGAAGAACACCUGGGCGGAAAACAGGAUGACACGCCGGCAGACGCAGGCCAAAUACGGCUUCUGAGCGCAAUGCCGUUUGGGAGUCUAUUGCGAGGAGAAUGGAGCUUCCAAUAAAUUAGAAAACAAAAACUGUAAUGCACAUUUUCCCCCCAACUGUUCAUCAUUAUGACUCCUUUGUAAAGUAAACUAAGUUACCUUCCAGACACUUGUGGGUGGGUUUUAGAUACCAACUGGGUUGGAAAUGUAUUCCUUUGUACUACUCUAUGUAUUCCCGAUCACGUAACAAACAUUUAGUGUUAGUCUCGGUUUAGUGAAGAGCCAUCCCGCUUCCCAAGAAAGUACCAGUGCGUUCACAUUCAACUCGAGACACAUUAAUGUGGGAUUUUAUAAUAAACAUGUUGCUUCAAAAAUGUCAAA